AUCAUCUUGCUUAGAUGCUAGUCAAGUGCUUAGAGUGAGAGGAGAGAGGGAGAUUAGAGAGUGAUUACUCUUUUCUCUUUAUUUCUUCAUCUUUAGUGGGUGGAUGAAGGGAGGAGGCUAGUACUCAUCUUGUAUAGAAGAUGUUCUUGUGAUUUAUCUUUGGUUGUUGUCUCAAAUCGUGCGAAAUCUUCGAUUCCCGUGCGUUUUUCUUUUUCCUUAUUUUCGGAGCUAUUUUUGGGGAAUUUUCGUUCAUCAUGUUUGAGCCCGAAUCUCGUGAGAUUGGUUAAGGGAAAUGUUGCUAGGACUUUGGAGAGCAUCUUUGAUAUGAUCUCCAUUCAAAUCUCUCACGAAUCCGGCUUGAUUUUGAGUUUUUUCCUAAAUCGUGUUCUUGGGCUAGGGUUUCGGUUUUCUCCAAGAUUUGAGAUGAAUACUUGAGAUUUUUGCGAUUUGUCGCGUGGAUCUAUUUGCCCUCGGGAUAUUGCUUCCUUGUCUUAAGUUUCGUUUCGAUCCUUGGAGUAUCGAGGACGGAUUUUUGAAUUGAAGUUCAAGCCGAGUUCUUGGUGCUUUUCGUUUUCUUUCUGUCUCCAGGUCGAGCGGCAGGCAAGAGGCUCGUGGCGGCGCACGCAAGCCUGCACCAGAGCAGCAGGCCAGCGAGUUGCGCAGCAGGCCGGGCAGGCCGCGCCGCAGGCCAGCUCGUUACCUGGGCCGGAACGGCUCUGGUGGCCCAAGUUGCAACAGCAGGUGCUUGCGGGCCAGGCUUUCAGCAGUUCCAGGCAAGCACCCGCAGGCCAUCCAGUGGCACCAGGCCGGCCCACACGUGAGCCCAGCGAGAUGGCGUGCAGCACGGCCAUUGUCACGAGCGACCCGCUAAACUGGGGCAAGGCGGCCGCGGAGCUGACGGGGAGCCACCUCGACGAGGUGAGGCGCAUGGUGGCGCAGUCCCGGGAGCCCGUCGUGAGGGUCGAUGGGUCCAGACUGCACGUUGGCCAGGUGGCGGCCGUGGCCGCGGCCAAGGACGCCUCGGGCGUCGCCGUCGAGCUGGACGAGGAGGCGCGCCUCCGGGUCAAGGCCAGCAGCGAGUGGGUCCUCAGCUGCAUCGAGAACGGCGGCGACAUCUACGGCGUCACCACCGGCUUCGGGGGCAACUCGCACCGCCGCACCAAGGACGGGCACGCGCUCCAGGUCGAGCUGCUCAGGUAUCUCAACGCUGGAAUUUUCGGCACCGGCUCCGACGGCCAUACGCUACCGUCCCAGGUAUCACGUGCAGCGAUGCUUGUCCGCAUCAAUGCCCUGAUGCAGGGCUACUCCGGCAUCCGCUUCGAGAUCCUCGAGGCCAUCGCCAAGCUCAUUAACACCGGCGUCAGCCCGUGCCUGCCCCUCCGUGGCAGCAUCACCGCGUCGGGGGACCUUGUACCCUUGUCCUACAUUGCCGGCCUCAUCACCGGGCGCCCCAACGCGCAGGCCGUCACCGUCGACGGCAGGAAGGUGGACGCCGCCGAGGCGUUCAAGGUCGCCGGCAUCGAGGGUGGCUUCUUCAAGCUCAACCCCAAGGAGGGCCUCGCCAUGGUGAACGGCACGUCCGUUGGCUCGGCGCUCGCGGCCAUGGUCUGCUUCGACGCCAACGUCCUCGCCGUCCUGGCCGUGGUGCUGUCCGCCGUCUUCUGCGAGGUCAUGAACGGCAAGCCCGAGUACGCCGACCACCUGACCCACAAGCUCAAGCACCACCCGGGCUCCAUCGAGGCCGCGGCGAUUAUGGAGCACAUCCUUGAUGGUAGCUCGUUGAUGAAGCACGCCAAGGAGGUCAACGCCAUGGACCCGCUCCUGAAGCCUAAACAAGACCAGUACGCGCUCCGCACGUCGCCGCAGUGGCUCGGCCCCCAGAUCGAGGUCAUCCGCGCUGCCACCAAGGCCAUCGAGCGUGAGAUCAACUCGGUCAGCGACAAUCCGGUCAUCGAUGUCCACCGCGGCAAGGCGCUGCACGGCGGCAACUUCCAGGGCACCCCCAUCGGUGUGUCCAUGGACAACGCCCGCCUCGCCGUCGCCAGCAUUGGCAGGCUCAUGUUCGCCCAGUUCACCGAGCUGGUGAUCGACUUCUACAACAACGGGCUGCCAUCCAACCUGGCCGGGAGCCGCAACCUGAGCUUGGAUUUCGGGUUGAAGGGCGCCGAGAUCGCCAUGGCGUCCUACUGCUCCGAGCUCCAGUACCUUGCCAACCCGGUCACCAACCACGUCCAGAGCGCCGAGCAGCACACCCAGGACGUAAACUCCCUGGGCCUCAUCUCCGCUAGGAAGACAGCCGAGGCGGUGGAAAUCCUCAAGCUCAUGUCCUCAACGUUCAUGAUCGCGCUGUGCCAAGCCGUCGACCUGCGCCACCUCGAGGAGAACCUGAAGAGCGCCGUCAAGAACUGCGUGAAGACGGUGGCGCUGAAGGUGCUGACCACGAGCCCCGACGGCGAGCAUUGCAGCGCCCGCUUCAGCGAGAAGGCCUUGCUCGCGGCCAUCGACCGCAAGGCUGUCUACAGCUACUACGAUGACCCCUGCAGCGCCAGCUCCUCGUUAAUGAUGACGAUCCGCGCCGUGCUGGUCGACCACGCCCUGGCCAACGGUGAGGCCGAGAACGAAGCUCGCGCGCCCAUAUUCUCCAAGAUCACCAAGUUUGAAGAGGAGCUGCGAGAGGCCCUGCCAAGGGAGAUGGAGAAGACCCGGGUGGCCUUCGAGACCGGCACCGCGCCGAUCGGCAACAGGAUCAAGGAGAGCCGGUCGUACCCGCUGUACCGUUUCAUCCGCGAGGACCUCGGCGCCGUGUACCUGACCGGCGAGAAACUCAAAUCCGCUGGUGAGGAGUGCAACAAGGUGUUCCUGGCCCUCAGCGAGGGCAAGCUCAUCGACCCCAUGCUCGGGUGCCUCAAGGAGUGGAACGGCGAGCCCCUGCCCAUCUGCUAAGCACGGGCGAAUGCUACGUAUAGUACGACGAAGAGGAGCAGACCACCGUACUCGAAAAAUAAAGGAAGUAGCAUUUCAGGAUUUGGAAGGCUUCUUAUUAUUUGUGACUUCGCAGAUCUUCUCUGUUCGUCCUAUUUGAGCUUGGUACACUGAUUAGUGUAAUCGUGUAUUAUGUUGACCAAUACAACAGUGUACGAAGCUCAUACUCCGUCCUGAAAAUAAGUGCAACUUUAACGUUCAAAAAUUUAUCUUACGAAAUAUGAUUUGUAGCUUUUC